GUAUGUCUACUGUUGACAGAUUUCCUCAAUUUUGUUUGCCUGAGAAAGUCUUCGUCUUUCAUUUUUGGCGGAUUCGUGAGGCUCCAGGGCCUUCAAGCUGUGAUUACUCAGAUGGUUCCUGAAAUGACUGGGAAGGCGGACGCUUUGGUGCCCAUCGAAGAGCAUAUGUCUAUGUAUAUCUAAGACUUUCUUUGUACACACACACAUUUACACCAGAAGACAGGCUCAUUCUUGUGCACACUUGAAGAGUUUUACAACUGAUGAAAAUUAAUUUAAGAAUCAGAUGGAUCAACUUGACACUACUGGGCUCAGGAGCCCGGGGAGAAAAAUAUGUUACUGAUGGUCAGUUUUCCACAUGGUCUUCACGGGUAAAGAAAGUUUGCAAAAAGAAGAAAAAAAAACCUUCACGGUUCAAGCCUCAAAAAUACCUCUGCAGCUUAAAGAAGGAACUAAGUGAGAAGGUGGCUGGGGGAGAAGUGUGGUGUCCAGUGGCGCAGGCAGAGUCAUGCAGUGGGCUUUGCACUUUACUUUCCAGUGUUUUUGGUAAUUUGGACCUACUUCAAAACUCUGCACUGAGAAGUAAUUCUGGCUGUGUGUGACUUCAGGAAAGCAAGGUCAGGUAUGAUGGGACAAAUCUGAACGAUGAACUGGUUCCUUUGCCUUUUUCAGUUAACUGUGUUCUCGAAGUUUUAAUUUAUUAUUUUCCUUUUCCUUUCCCGUAUCUAUAGGAUAAUAUUUUAAAGUAGCAAUUGAAACCAGUAUUUACAAAGUAAGUAUCAAGGAACAUCCAAGCAAAGCUUCUUUUCCUCGGACUGCACCCGUGGCGUUUGCACGCAUCUCUGAACGUGAGCCGGAGAGCGCCCGUCAGCGGGACAGGCUGACUCUCUAGGGAGCGAGUGCGGGAGACCCUGACUCUUGUCUGCGCUUUCUCUGAAGGGCUUCUCUUCCCUGUCGAGUCCGGGAAGCCCUGCAGAUAGGAGGAAGAGUACUUGAUGGACUUCAUUCUGAGAUGAGUCUUUUCCUUCAAGAUGGAGAAAUAGGGGAUCUUUAGGAGCAGAAAGGGGAGAAGCCAGUAGGGGAGGGAGGAAGGAGACGGGGUAAAGAGACAGAAUCCUGUAGUGACGCUCGGUUUUGUCAACCAGAGGAUUUAGGAUUCACCCAAAGCAAACACUCGUACCACUUCAAGAGCUUUAGAACCUCUGGCUCCGAGUGAAGCGGUUUUCUCUCUCCACCUCUAUGGCACCGAGGAGUGCACCGGUCUGUGGCGGGCCGGUCAGAUGGAGCCCAGCUCUCCGCCAGGACACAGCAACCUGCCUUCCGGGAAGCCAGGCUGGGCCCUGAGGGGGGAAGUUUCUGGUUUAGAACAGUGGGGAGAGUCUUUUUUCCUUCCUGAACUUGGACUGCUGUCUGCACAAACUCUGGUCUGUUUUGCACGGUGUGUGUGUGCCUUUUUUUCCCUUUAUGCAAUCUUUUUCAGCUUCAGCAACAGAAAUUGGUCUAGUUGAGAGAACGUGCCAGAGGGUGGCUUUGGAAGGAAGAUGAUCCCAUGUGUUCUGUCUCUGCAUCUGAACUUUUGAAGAGAAAAUUCCAGCUCGAGGGAUUCUUUAAAGCCUUAAGUUACUUGAAAUCUAUGUAUUUGCAACCCUUUGUCUCUGGAAUCAUAUUACACUAAACUGGAAUCUCAGGCUGAAUGAGAAUAACCAAGUUGAGUGAAAAGAAGAAAACCCCGUUUCUUGAUCAGCAGUGGUAAUGACGCUCUUCCUCUAAGGACUUGAAAAUAAAAAUGGACACGUGUUGUUUUUAAGCAUUACCUUUUCCUAACAGACUGCCAUCAUCUUUUCUAGAGGAAUUUUUUCACUAUGCAUUGGGGUGGAUCUUUAUAAAAUAUUGACCUUGUGAUUAGAUCCAGGUCAGUCUUCAUUAAAAGGGGUCGGGGAAAGCAACGCAAGCCAACCACAAAAUCACAUCAGUCACUUGAUCCAUGAAAAGAAUUAGUUUGAGUUUUUCGGCAUUCAGCAUUACUUUCUAAAUAAAACGGUUCACUGAGAAAAAGUAUGUAUGCAGCAGUGGAACAUGGGCCUGUCCUUUGCAGUGACUCCAACAUCCUCUGCCUGUCCUGGAAGGGGCGUGUUCCCAAGAGUGAGAAGGAGAAGCCGGUGUGCCGGAGGCGCUACUAUGAGGAGGGCUGGCUGGCCACGGGCAACGGCCGCGGCGUCGUCGGGGUGACCUUCACCUCGAGCCACUGCCGCCGGGACAGAAACACGCCGCAGAGAAUAAACUUCAACCUGCGGGGCCACAACAGCGAGGUUGUGCUGGUGAGAUGGAAUGAGCCAUACCAGAAGCUGGCCACGUGUGACGCAGAUGGAGGGAUAUUUGUGUGGAUUCAGUAUGAAGGGAGGUGGUCUGUGGAAUUGGUCAACGAUCGAGGGGCUCAGGUGAGUGAUUUCACGUGGAGCCAUGAUGGGACUCAAGCACUCAUUUCAUAUCGAGACGGGUUUGUCCUGGUUGGUUCUGUCAGUGGACAAAGACACUGGUCAUCCGAGAUCAACUUGGAAAGUCAAAUCACAUGUGGCAUAUGGACUCCUGAUGACCAACAGGUGCUGUUCGGCACGGCUGACGGGCAGGUGAUCGUCAUGGACUGCCACGGCAGGAUGCUGGCCCACGUCCUCCUGCACGAGUCCGACGGCAUCCUCAGCAUGUCCUGGAACUACCCCGCCUUCCUGGUGGAGGACAGCAGCGAGAGCGACACCGACUCGGACGACUACUCCCCGCCCCAAGAUGGACCAGCAGCGUAUCCCAUCCCGGUGCAGAACAUCAAGCCACUGCUCACCGUCAGCUUCACCUCGGGGGACAUCAGCUUAAUGAACAACUACGAUGACUUGUCUCCUACUGUCAUCCGCUCAGGGCUGAAAGAGGUGGUGGCCCAGUGGUGCACCCAGGGAGACCUCCUGGCCGUCGCUGGGAUGGAACGGCAGACCCAGCUUGGUGAGCUCCCCAACGGCCCUCUUCUGAAGAGUGCCAUGGUCAAGUUCUACAAUGUCCGCGGGGAGCACAUCUUCACUCUGGACACGCUUGUGCAACGCCCCAUCGUCUCCAUCUGCUGGGGACACCGGGACUCGCGGCUGCUGAUGGCUUCGGGGCCGGCCCUGUACGUGGUGCGUGUGGAGCACCGCGUGUCCAGCCUGCAGCUGCUGUGCCAGGAGGCCAUCGCCAGCGCCCUGCGGGAAGACAAGGACGUCAGCAAGCUCACCCUGCCCCCUCGCCUCUGCUCCUACCUCUCCACCGCCUUCACCCCCACCAUCAAGCCCCCAAUUCCAGAUCCCAACAACAUGCGAGACUUCGUCAGCUACCCCUCCGCCGGCAACGAGCGCCUGCACUGCACCAUGAAGCGCACGGAGGACGACCCAGAGGUGGGCGGUCCGUGCUACACCCUCUACCUGGAGUAUCUGGGCGGGCUCGUGCCCAUCCUCAAGGGGCGGCGCGUCAGUAAACUGCGGCCGGAGUUCGUCAUCAUGGAUCCCCGGACGGAUGGCAAAUCAGAUGAAAUCUAUGGAAACGGCCUGAUCUCCGCCAUGCUGGACAGCUGCAACUGCUCGGACUCCAGCGAUGUGGAACUGAGUGACGACUGGGCUGCCAAGAAAUCCCCCAAAAUCUCCCGAGCUAGCAAGUCACCCAAACUCCCAAGGAUCAACAUUGAGGCCCGGAAGUCUCCCAAGCUGUCCCGAGCUGCUCAGGAGAUGUCCAGGUCUCCCCGGUUGCCGAUGCGCAAGCCCUCCAUUGGCUCGCCCAGCCUGACACGAAGAGAGUUUCCCUUUGAAGACAUCACUCAGCACAACUAUCUUGCUCAGGUCACGUCUAAUAUCUGGGGAACCAAGUUUAAGAUUGUGGGCUUGGCUGCUUUCCUGCCAACCAACCUCGGUGCAGUAAUCUAUAAAACCAGCCUCCUGCAUCUCCAGCCGCGGCAGAUGACCAUCUAUCUCCCAGAGGUUCGGAAGAUUUCUAUGGACUAUGUUAAUUUGCCUGUCUUCAACCCGAAUGUUUUCAGUGAGGAUGAAGAUGAUUUACCAGUGACAGGAGCAUCUGGUGUGCCUGAGAACAACCCCCCGUGCACGGUGAACAUCCCCAUUGCGCCCAUUCACAGCUCGGCACAGGCGAUGUCCCCUACUCAGAGCAUAGGCUUGGUGCAGUCCCUGCUGGCCAAUCAGAAUGUGCAGCUGGACGUCCUGACCAAUCAGACCACGGCAGUGGGGACAUCUGAGCACGGAAGUGACAGUGCCACCCAGUACCCCGUCUCCAACCGCUACUCCAGCCCCGGACAGGUGAUCUUCGGAGGUGUGGAGAUGGGCCGCAUCGUCCCCAGCCCUGCUCAGCUGUCCCUGCCGCCGCCCACCCAGGGAGCCAUCCAGCUGUCGGUGGACCAUGGAGACCGAGAUCAUGACCACCUACAGAAGUCCGCCAAGGCCCUGCGGCCAGUGGCGCAGCUGGCCGCGGAAGGGGACGCAGUGGUGUUCAGUGCCCCACAGGAGGUCCAGGUGGCGAAGAUGAACCCACCACCCCCCUACCCCGGAACCAUCCCCGCAGCCCCCACUACCGCAGCACCGCCGCCCCCGCUGCCGCCCCCGCAACCUCCGGUGGAUACGUGCCUGAAGAAGGGCGACUUCUCCCUGUACCCCACAGCGGCCCAUUACCAGACGCCCCUGGGCUACGAGAGGAUCACCACCUUCGACAGCAGCGGCAACGUGGAGGAGGUGUGCCGGCCGCGAACGCGGAUGCUCUGCUCCCAGAACACCUACACCCUCCCAGGCCCGGGCAGCUCGGCCACCCUGAGGCUCACCGCCACGGAGAAGAAGGUCCCCCAGCCCUGCACCAGUGCGACCCUGAACCGCCUGACGGUCCCCCGCUACUCCAUCCCAACCGGAGACCCACCCCCAUACCCCGAAAUCGCCGGCCCGCUGGUGCCCGGCCGGGGCGCUGCCCAGAGGCCCGACAGUCUCAUCCACGCCACGCUGCGCAGGAACAACCGCGAGGUGGCGCUCAAGGCGGCGCAGCCGGCCGAGCCCCCGAGGGCCCCACCGCAGCACCCGCCCAAGCCCAAGGGCGCCGUGCAGUUCCCAUCGCGGCCCCCGCCGGCCCUGUAUACCUGCAGCCAGUGCAGCGGCGGGGGUGCUGCUGGGCGGCCCGAGCCGGGCGCCGGGGGUGCAGGGGGCGCACAGCCGGGAUCAGGCCUGGCGCACGCUGCCAGCACCUCCCCGCUGACCUCCCAGUCGUCCUACAGCCUCCUGAGCCCGCCAGAUGGGGCCCGCGACCGCGCCGACUAUGUUAACUCGGCCUUCACUGAGGACGAGGCGCUGGCCCAGCACUGUCAGGUGGAGAAGCCCCUGAGGCACCCCGCGCUGCCCGAAGCUGCUGUGGCCGGAAAACGGCCACCACCUUACCAGUGGGACCCUGUGCUGGGGGAGGACAUUUGGGUUCCUCAGGAAAGGACAGCACAGACUGCAGUGCCCAAUCCCCUGAAACUGCCCCCCCUUAUUGUAGGUCAGAGCCAGCACCUGGAUGUGUCCCGCGUGCCCUUUGUCUCCCCCAAGUCUCCCGCCAGUCCUACUGCCACUUUCCACACAGGCUACGGGAUGGGAAUGCCGUAUCCAGGAAGCUAUAACACACCCCCUUUGCCGGGAGUGCAGGCUCCCUGCUCCCCAAAAGAUGCCCUGUGCCCCACGCCGUUCGCACCACAGGAGUCGGCAGUGGUUCUGCAGCCCACCUACCCACCCAGCCUCUCCUACUGCGCCCUGCCCCCCAUGUAUCCGGGAAGCAGCACCUGCUCGAGUUUACAGCUGCCGCCUAUCGCCUUGCACCCCUGGAGUUCCUAUAGCCCUUGCCCGCCCGUGCAAAACCCCCAGGGCGCUCUGCCCCCCAAGGCACACCUGGUGAUAGAGAAGCCCCUCGUGUCGCCACCGCCCACUGACCUCCAAAGCCACUUGGGUACCGAGGUGAUGGUAGAGACCACAGACAACUUCCAAGAAGUCCUCUCCCUGACAGAAAGCCCGGUCCCCCAGCGGACAGAGAAAUUCGGGAAGAAGAACCGGAAGCGCCUGGACAGCCGAGCGGAGGAAGGAAACGUUCAGGCCAUCACGGAGGGCAAAGUGAAGAAGGAGGCGCGGACUCUGAGUGACUUUAAUUCCCUGAUCUCCAGCCCCCGCCUGGGGAGAGAGAAGAAGAAAGUGAAGAGUCAGAAAGACCAACUGAAGUCCAAGAAGUUGAACAAGACGAAUGAGUUCCAGGACAGCUCGGAGAGCGAGCCCGAGCUGUUCAUCAGCGGGGAUGAGCUGAUGAACCAGAGCCAGGGCAGCAAGAAGGGCUGGAAAAGCAAGCGGAGCCUGAGGACGGCCAGCGAGCUGGAGGAGUUCAAGUGCCGGAAAGCCAGCGAGAAGGAGGACGGGCGGCUGGGCAGCCAGGGCUUCGUGUAUGUCAUGGCCAACAAGCAGCCUCUGUGGAACGAAGCCACCCAGGUGUACCAGCUGGACUUCGGGGGACGGGUGACCCAGGAGUCGGCCAAGAACUUCCAGAUCGAGCUGGAGGGGCGGCAGGUGAUGCAGUUUGGAAGGAUUGACGGCAACGCAUACAUUCUGGACUUCCAGUACCCCUUCUCGGCUGUGCAGGCCUUUGCCGUGGCCCUGGCCAACGUGACUCAGCGCCUGAAGUGAGGACACUGGUGUGGGGCGGACGGAGAGGCCUCCUCGCGGCGCCACUCGCUCGAGAUGUCGCCGGGGGCCCCGGAGUCUGGGACCAGAAGACAAGAGCAAAACUGGAAGAAUCUGUCAGGCCCAGGAGAAGGGACUGACCUUUAAUUGUUGUCAUUUGUUUGGCCUUUUAUAAUCCUUUAUUGUUUCUCUUUCUUCUUUCUUUUCAAACAAAAAGAAUACGGGAAGAAUGGGAUUUGCAAGCAGAGGGUGUGAGGCACCUGGUGUUCCUUUAGGAAACACAGUUGCUGUGGGGAUGUCCUGCUGCGUCUGCUUCUGUC